AAUCGCUCUCGAUCUGGCCUGGCUCCCCCUGGUGCUGCUACCCCGGCUUCACCGCACACUCCGCUGUUGACACGCUCCCUCUCCUCUCAACUCGGCUCGCCUGGCGCUUCAUACCGCGCAGAGGAAGAUAGUCUGGUUUAUGAGAUUGGCUCAAGAUCUUUUCGCGCGGGCUUCGCUGGCGACUCCGCUCCGAGAUGCAUCAUACCCUUCGCUCCUGACCAGAACAAGCGUCUGAACGACUUCACCACAUCCUCCACUCCUCUACGAUCCGAGAACGACUGGGCAAAAGACUGGGAGUUAUGGGACUUGGACGUCCGGAACAUGAACCUUGGUCUGAUCGAGGACAAAAUAGAACGCGCCGUACGGAGUGCCCACACCAACUACCUGCUGCUGGACCAACGACCUCGCAAAGUCUUCCUCGUCCUUCCCUCAACUUUGCCACAUCCUCUUGUCUCGAUCACUUUGAAUGUCGUCUUCAAUGCUUUCCAACCUGGGAGUAUCCAGUUAUGGGGAACCCCUGUCCUCUGUGCCGUCUCUGCCGGUCUACGCUCCGCCUUGGUCAUCGAUAUUGGCUGGCAUGAGACUACCGUCACUGCCUUAUAUGAGUACCGAGAAGUCCUCCACAGAAGGUCAACACGAGCUGCGAAGCUACUCACACAAAACAUGGCCGAUACUUUGCGCAAGCAUGCUCCUGGCUCCAAUGGAGUUUCCUUCAAAACGGCCGAGGAUAUAACCAUGCGUAUGGCGUGGUGUCGCAAUCCAAAUGCUGAGCAGCCUACUGAGGAAGUCGCUAUCCCGAUCGGAAACUCAUCAGCACAAAUUUCCUUCAGCGAUCUCGCCGAGCCAGUUGAGGAGGCUUUCUUCUCAACACCGGUCCCGCUCGAGCAGAUUGAUGACCACGAUCUUCCUCUACAUUUACUAACCUAUAGAUGUCUCCUAUCACUCCCUCUUGACGUACGCGCAAUCUGCGUUUCUCGCAUUCUGAUCACUGGUGGCGCAAGCGACAUACCGGGCUUGAAGCCUCGUCUACUACGCGAGAUUGAAAAUAUAGUCAACACGAAAGGCUGGGAUCCAGUCAUGAACUACGGUUCUGCCACAGCAAAGAGACAACGUGCAGCACGGCAACAAGACAUAAUUCUACCCACCAGGACUAAACCACCAGACGCCAUCGCUCGGGACAAGCCAAUUGACUCUCAAUCGGAUGAGCAAAUCCCAGCUCGUGAAACACCUCAAGAACGUGACGAGGUUGCUGAGAAACUACAGCGCGAGGUGCAGAAGCGUGGAACCACAAUACAGGGUGCAGUACGCGGAGUAGAGACGUUGGGUGCUUGGGCUGGAGCUUCGCUGGUCGCCAGUCUCAAAGUCGACGCUGCAUUCGAGAUCAAAAGGGAUGACUUUCUCAAAAACGGUCUU